GAGUCGACGUGAAAGAACGGUUUCAACGCAGAGGUGGUUGAGGUGUACAGGUGACAACGGUACGUGAUAAAAUAAGAUCGGCCGAUUUUAGUCAGAGUUAUGAGCGAGGGAGAAGGGCAUAUGGCGGUCUAGAUGGUAUCCUCGUGCUGCAAGGAGCAAAUGCAGAGGACUCUUCUACUCUCGCAAGCAACCUUGUUAGGAAGCUAUCGGAGGAGCGUCGGAAGGUCGAGUGUCGAAAUAUGACGAGCCCUCGGGGAAGUGAGGACAUUGUGCCUGGCAGUGUUCUUGGCUGUAUUUUCAUCGAUGCAAUUGGGGGCGGCGAGCAGGAGCGGGUCGGGUCUGAGGGGGUCGAGGAGACAGGCUGGAGGAGGGGCGCGGGAUAUCUGAUAAGAUCAACUGUUCAUGCGAAAAUUAUCAGAUAUGAUGGCAAGGAAGAUCUUAUCAGAUUACUGAUGGACUGCAUCCGGAGUACUGGUGCCCUCCUCCUGCCCUCUAUGUUCACCACUCCGUCCACCAUUUACCGUUCGAAUGGUUCUACCACCGGAUGUCAUUUGCCAAGCUGUUCCUUCUCCCGGUUUGUGCUUCCCGCCCUCUGAAUUACCCCGGUUUUCUGCUCUGCCGCCUUCCUUCUAGGUAUUCUAGGCAGCUAACGGAAUGCGGCCAGGGAAAAUCGCUGAUCUUAUCACGUUCCCUAAAUGUCGCUCCAGAUCCCUUUCCUGCACUUCUUAAAGAGCCUGGGAUCGCUCCCGGAGCCCUAUCAUCUUUUCAUUCUUCUUAAGAUUGUCCAGCUCCGCACCGCUGGUCCUUUCCACACAUUACACUCAUCUCAAAAUGUCUAACGCAAGCGCACCAACCACCCUGUACGACGUAAUUGGUUUGGGUUUCGGUCCCGCCAACAUCGCUAUCUCCGGUGCCAUUCUCGACAAAUAUAGCCCCCCCGCAACGAGUGGGGGCCCCAACGGUCAAUGCGCCAAGAAUAUUCUCUUCAUUGAGAAGCACCCGGUGUUUAAAUGGCAUCCUGGCAUGCUCCUGCCCGGUACUCGCAUGCAGAUCAGCUUCCUCAAAGAUCUCGCCACGCUUCGAUCGCCGCAGUCACCGUUGACUUUCCUCUCCUACCUGCAUUCCCAAAAUCGUCUUCUACCUUUCAUUAACCGGGGAACCUUUGCGCCUUCUCGCAAGGAGUACGCUGAUUACCUCUCAUGGGCUGCUCAGUACGUUCAGGACCACGGAAUCAACGUCCGAUUCAGCGAGGAGGUCAUCGGCAUCAAGGAGGCCGCUAACGGUACGGUCGAAGUCAUCAGCCGCAAGGUUGAUUCCGGAGAGACUUUCAGUCGAUUCGCAAAAAAUCUCAUCAUUUCCCCCGGCGGCGUGGGCAAGCUGCCUUCAGUGUUGUCCGUGCUCUCCCCUCAUCCACGAAUUCUGCACAGCUCCGUGUACGCCACCUCUAUCGAACCUAUCCUCUCCGCUGCCUUGUCGCCUUCGGCUCCCGAUCGUCCCUUGCGCAUCGCCGUCGUAGGUGCUGGCCAGUCUUCCUCUGAGGUUCUCCUCGAUCUGUAUAGCCGGCUGAGCAAUCCGCUGGCUACAAAUGGCCGGCCAGUCGAGCUGGACAUGAUCUAUCGGAAGGGCGCGUUGAAGCCGAGCGACGAUUCCCCAUUUGCAAAUGAGAUUUUCGACCCUGCCUCCACCGAUAUGAUGUACAACCUUCCCUCUCAGCAUGCUCGUAAAGAGAUCCUAAGGGAGUACCGAAAUACCAACUAUAGCGUCGUCAAUCCCCGCACUAUUGAUAACCUCUAUGAGCUCAUCUACGACCAGAGGGUGGAAGAUUCGAUGGCGGAACAUCGCGCAGGGUCCAAUGACCGCGUGCGUGUUAACAUGAAGCCGCACACUGCGAUCCUAUCUGCCGAAGACUCCGGUUCAGAUGACCUACCUUCUAUCCGCCUCACCCUCCAACAUGUCCUUAACCAUGCACUCGCAGAACAGACUUACGAUGCCGUGAUUUGUGGCACUGGCUACGAACGCAACGGGUGGACCAAUUUGUUGAGUUCAUCCGAUAUCGGGAAACACUUCGGUCUUCACGCAUCUUCGAGCCCCGUCGAACUUCUCGCUGCAUCAGAAAAAUCCGUUAAAGCUCCUUACUCCCCUGUAUCGGAUGCUCCUAAGCCUAGGAAUCACUGGCCUUCAACACAUUCUAGCGAAGCCAGUACUCCGAUCACUUCUCCCAGUCCUUCGCCUUCACUCACCAACUCUCGCCUUCUGCCGAGUACCAAACUUUAUAUCACCCGAAAUUACCGGUUGGUUCCUGCGGAUGUUGCUGAGGGUGAGAAGCCGUUCGCGCCCAAGGUGUACCUUCAGGGAUGCGCAGAGUCGACUCAUGGUCUCAGCGAGUCGCUGUUGAGUAUUUUGGGCGUGCGUUCAGGACUGGUCGUCAAUGAUAUCUUCGAAGGAGCGUCCGCUUGAUCUUGGCGGCUGUCGAGUUAGUAUCUGUGACACUGGUAAAGGUUCUGCUAUAGCUAUCUUAUCGUGUAUAUAUCCUUCCUUGUCCUUUUAUAGUUUUCUUCUGUAAUUGAUUGGUCCUAGACGUACCACCCCUCAUUCUAUAACUCAAAACAAUCCAAUGGCAUUGGCGCUUUGUGAGAUUAUACAUAUAUUAUGAAGAACUCUAAAGACAAUUACAGCUACAUACUAUGCCAAGACGUUAAACAUGGCGACGAACCGAGCGUGAAGAUCACUCGACGAUCGUCUCGAUCACGUAUGGUCUGUUGUUUUCUCCGUCACAGAAUAGGAGCAUAUUUGUACAAACCGAGCCAACAAGCAUGCUGUAUGUACAAGCUGGUAGGCGGGUAGGUGCCGCUAGUAAAUGCAACCCAACAGCCCACAAACCCAUGAUGGUAUAUCUCG